ACUCGUUCGAUCUAUUCUAUGACGCGCGAUGAGAUCGCAAAGAACAUUGCGAAUCGCUUUGUCCACUCGGGGACGUACAUCAUGCUCUACCUGGCCAUGGCUGCGCUGUCCGUCACCACCGUGGUCCUCAGUCUAGUCAACGACUGUCCUACCCUCCCAUUCUACAUCCUGGAGUUUAUCAUCAAUGGAGCUAUGAUCCUGGAGGUUGGAGUGCGUUUUGUGGCCUUUGGACGGCAAUUCUGGAAGUCCGCCUGGAACAUCAUGGACCUCGUCCUGACGGCAUUCUGCGUGAUCACCCUCCUCUUCAUCUUCUUUGCGGGCUGCGACAACACCAGCAAAGAGGAAGAGCUGCUGGACACAUUGCUGCUUGUCGCACGUAAUGUGCUCCAGUUUGGCCGUCUCGCUUCGGUUAUGCGGCAGUCCGGACAGUCCAUCUUCACGCGCCCGAAGCCCAUCGACCUCUCCGCGGCGCGGCGGCGCGGGUACACACUCGACAUCGACAUGGAGGACGAGGACGAGACAGGGGGCGAGCUCGGCCGGCCGCUGAUCCGGAGCAGCGACGUCGUGUUCGACGCGGCCGAGGAGCCGCCGCGGACGAAUGUCCAGCGCGCGAACGCGCUCUCGGACAUGCCCCGCGCGGUGCAGGCGGCCCAGAACCGCGAACAGGAGGACAUGUGGGCCGCGCUGGGGUAA